AUGUCAGAGUACUUGCGAUUUCAAGCUCGAAUGCGACAAGAACAAUCCGUGCAAGGGCAAUGCAUGCUGUUCCAAGCAUGGUCACUGUGGACUAGGUCCAGACUCAAGGAUAACUGUGUUGCUGGGUGCGAGGCAAAGGAAGAGUGUGAUCCUGGUGGCUUCGGGGCCAACUUUGCCAACCAUACCAAGUGCCCACUCAACGUCUGUUGUUCCAAGCAUGGCUACUGUGGGACGACCAAGGAGUUCUGCGGCAAGAACACUGUGAACCGCCCAUCUUGCUCCUCCAAGAGUAGCCCGAUGAGACGAGUAGUGGGUUACAUCGAAGGAUGGGCUUCUACUAGACCCUGCGACAGCUUCAGGCCCUCAGAUAUCCCAGAUGGCGUCUACACUCACAUCAAUUUUGCAUUCGCAAGCAUCGACCCAAAGUCCUUUGAAAUCGUCCCAGCAUCUAGCAACGACCCGGCGCUUUACCGCGAGUUGACACUCAAGAAGAGGAUAGAUCCCCACUUGAAGGUUUUCAUCGCCAUUGGCGGCUGGGCCUUCAAUGACCCAGGCCCUACCGUCACAACCUUUUCCGACAUUGCUCGGUCCGAGGCCAACCAGAGGACCUUUAUAAAGUCUCUUAUAUCGUUCAUGGCCACUUAUGGCUUUGACGGUGUUGACAUUGACUGGGAGUAUCCAGCUGCCGAUGAUCGUGAAGGACGAGAAGAGGAUUACGACAAUCUCCCCAAGUUCUUGAGCAACAUCAAGAGCGCGUUGAAGCAAAGCGGCGAGAGAAACAGCCUCAGCAUCGCUAUCCCUGCUUCGUAUUGGUACCUUCAGCACUUUGAUCUCGCCAAGAUUUCCAAGCAUGUUGACUACUUCAAUGUCAUGACAUAUGAUUUCCACGGUUCUUGGGACACUCCCAAGUCAUGGCUCGGCAACCAUCUCAAAUCUCACACCAAUUUGACCGAGAUCAAGGAUGCUUUUGAUCUGCUGUGGCGGAACAAGAUCGAUCCUGAUCAAGUCAACAUGGGACUCGCAUUCUAUGCACGUACCUUCUCCGUCUCCAACCCUGGCUGCAUGUCUCCUGGCUGUCUGUUUGAUGCCGGCGGCCCUGCAGAGCGCUGCACCGACGCCGUUGGUGUCAUGUCCAACCCUGAGAUCAUGCGCAAGUUGGGGGGCAAGAUGGGUCAGGGCGAGCUGGACAAGGCUGCUGCCGUCAAGACUCUCAAGUUUGGCCGUACGUGGCUGACCUACGACGAUGUUGAUACCUGGAAGCUCAAGCUGGACUUUGCUCGCAGUCAGUGUCUUGGUGGCGCUAUGGUCUGGGCCAUCAGCCAGGAUACUUCUGAGGGCAAGUUCUCAAAGCAAUUGCAGGUUGCUACAGGCUACAAGUCUCGUGCUGUGACAACUUUCAACAGCAGCGUUUCUCUUGGUGGUGGUGUCUUUAAGGAAACCACCGAAAACGAGGCCAAUGGUGACGUUGGCAACGCUCAGUGCCGAUGGACCAACUGCGCACAAACAAUGGGAAGUGCAGCCCUGGUUGCCCAGACAGCAAUAUCUGAGCAUAUUCUGGAACUUCAAGCGUUUCGCAACUUUAUGGAAUUCACAAUGAAUGUCAAAGUCUCAAUAAAAGAACGCACAACACCAUCUGGUAUUCAGAUCAAAGCACUCUUCAACCCUGCGGACAAGGAUCAAUUGGCAAGUUGUUCCAUGUGGAAAACCGAGUUUCUCAAAGGCUUUCCAGAGUGGACAAAAGAUGGCAACACUGAGAUGCCAAAGAAACAACUGUGUUCACUACUUGGCUCAAAGGGUCACUCAUCUCACAUGGUGAAUUGCGGAGCCAAGCUCAACAGCAUGAAAGCCAGAUUUUGGCAGUUCAGCGACCCCAUGGCAGUGGGCAAAUGGCAGACCUUCUGCUCUCGGGCGGAAGAAAAUCACAUUAAAAGAGCGUUUUCAGAAUUCAAGUUGAUUGCCGUUGUCUGGAAUUACCUUAACCGCCCAGAUAUAAAGGAUAAGCUCGUUGCCACCCAUAAAGAGAUUGCAGAAUGGCUGGUUAAUUUAGAGAAACUCUACCGAAAGCAAUAUCCUAAGACUGAGAAGGUGAAUCUCGGCGAGAUUCAGUGGCGUGAUUUCAUGACGGCAUAUUUCAAUCAGAUGGUUGCCUUCAGCAAGGACUGGACGGACCUGCGCAUCGGUAAUCUUCGAGAUGCGUGGACUGCUCGUCUUAACCAGUUGAACGUGCAAUACCAGCAAGCCGUAGCCGCAAGCGGUACGCAACUUGCGGCUCAGAUUCAAAGCCAAAGGGUUGCGGCAUUGGAGGCUUUGGAUGGUAUCACCACGUGGGAGACCAAGUUCGAAUUGCAAACCAAGUUUGAUUCCGAGCUUUUUCAGCGAGAGUAA